UCCGGUGGUAGAGGUCAGAUUAUAUUUUCGGGUUGAGGUGUCGUUUUUGUCGUUCUCGCCGAGGUGUUUAUUGUUGUAAAAAAUAGCUUAUUAAUAAUUGGUAACCAUGUCAGACGAUGAUUUAAUCGGACCUGCUUUACCCCCGUCGUUCAGAAAAAGCAGCAAUGAUGAUUCUGAUGACGAGGAAGGAUUUGCAGGUCCUGCGCUGCCUCCCGGAUACAAACCGGAGUUGCUCUCCAGCUCGGAGGAUGACUUUGGCCAAGAGGACGAGGUGAUCAAGAGACGAAACAAGACGAGCAGCAGACACGGCCACGGUAGCGGGACGACCAGGGAUGGACCCACCUCAGAAAAACAGCACAGAGUAGAAGAGGCGGUGAGUCGAAGGCUUGCGGAUGAUGAUGAUGAUGAUGGUUUCUUUGGACCAGCUCUUCCUCCUGGGUUCUCAAAGCCACAGGCUUCACCAGAGAGGCCAGCUGUAUUGGGCCCAGCCUUACCCCCAGGAUUUCACAGACCGGCAUCUGAUGAUGAUGAAGAUGAUGAUGAUGGUGAGGAUGAUUUCCCUCGGCCAGCCCUGCCACCGGGCUACACAGCAGAACCCUCCAGUAGUGAUGAAGAGGAGGAGGAUGAAGAGGUGAUCGGGCCCAUGCCUGCUCAAGGUGCCAUCCGGGACUCUGUGGCUAUGGACAUCGAACGCAGAGCUCAGAAGAUGAAGGACAGACUGACGGGAGCAGAUAAUGGUCCGGAGGACGUGGCGCGAGAGACGUGGAUGACAGAGCUUCCUCCAACGCUGCAGCACAUCGGGCUGGGGGCCAGAACCUUCAAGAAAAGGGCUGGACCGGAGAGCAAGGACCGAUCCCUCUGGACCGACACCCCUGCUGACCGAGAACGCAAACUCAAGGAACGACUGGAGGGAAAGGAGAGUGAAGAAACAGAACCGGUCCCUCAACUGUCUCACAAAGACUUACAGAUGGCUGAGAAAGUGUCCAAAUACAACGAAACCAAGCGUGGCGAGUCUCUGAUCAGUCUCCACGAGAAGCAGAUGAAGAAGAGGAAACUGGACGAGGGAGCCAAGCUGGUGGAGAGACGAGCGUUUGACCGGGACCAGGACUUGCAGGUCAACAAGUUUGAUGAGGCUCAGAAACAACGUCUGUUGAAGAAGUCCCAGGAGCUCAACACACGCUUCGGACACAGCAAGGAGAAAAUGUUCCUCUGAGACAAUCCACACAGGAUUGGGCAUUUUUGGUCACCUGACCCAGUCAAUUAUGAUGGGAACGUUCCAGGUUGACUUUUAUUGCAGUCCAAUUGCUCAGAUGAUCAGAACACAUUGUACUGAAUAUGAUCUGAGCUGAACAGAGGUAGUUCAGGUAUAACUUGUAUGUAUUUUGAUAAAAGUGUGAAUAUCAGUUUGAUAGUUAAAUUUUAGUAGGCACUCUUAUCCAGAGUGACUUACAGUAGUGAGUGCAUACAUGUUCUUACUUAUUAUUUCUCCGUACUGGUUUCCCCGUGGGAAUCGAACCCACAACCCUGGCGUUGAAAGCUCCAAUGCUCGACCAACUGAGCCACACGGGACCUCCCUCAUCCUUUUUAGUUUUUAAAGGUCCGAUGCGCAGCUGUUUUUUAAAAUCUUAAUAGCAAAUAAUUUCUGGAGAACAGUUAAGUACAUUACUGUGAUUUUGUUUUCAAUUAAAACGCAAAAGAGUCAUUUUUCAAGCAAGUAUUUUGCUAGGACUAUCUGGGAGUGGUCUGAGUGGGGAGAGGAAAACGAUCUGUUAUUGGCAGAGAGGUUUGGAACUCUCUUUCUUAUUGGUCUACUAACUGGUCAAAACUCCACCCCCACCAAAACAGGCAGACAUUUCAGGAAGUCUUUACAAACAGCUCUUACACUAAAAGGGCAUUGUCAUAUUUUGUCACAAUUUCACAGUAUAAUUCCAACCUCCAUAUUGGUAGAACUAUAUAAAACACUAGAAAUCAUGUUUUUGAUUGGACUGGGCCUAUUGUUUGAGGAGCAUACACAAUAACAAAACUUAAAUCAUGGAAA